GCUGCAUUAAUGUGUCAAAGGCUGAAUGAAAAAACUGUUUGAGUGGAGCUUCCUUCCUGAUGUGUAAAGAUGUGAAUGCGUUACCGUCCGUGAACACCGUUUUCCGUCUGAAAAUUUUCGUACGCCUACAAGUCUCUCGGGUCGCUGUAACCUUCCGGUCGUAAAACACGACCGUGUUCAAGGUCUCGUCACGAUGUCUGCGAAAGACUCCACUGUGAAGGUUCUCGAGAUCGACGCGCACAUCAACAAAAAUUAUGACAUCGUUCGACGUCUUGGCAAGGGGGCUUACGGCAUCGUAUGGAAGGCGAUAGACAAGAAAAACAAGGAAACGGUUGCAGUGAAGAAAAUCUUCGAUGCUUUUCGUAACCAGACCGACGCUCAGCGUACAUUCCGAGAGAUAAUGUUCCUGCAGUCGUUCGAGAGUCACGACAACAUCAUACGACUGCUCGGUCUGCAUAAGGCGAACAACGACCAGGACAUUUAUCUCGUGUUCGAGUACAUGGAAACCGAUCUCCACAACGUCAUUAAGAAGGGCAACGUCCUGCAGGACAUCCACAAGGUCUGCAUCAUGUAUCAGCUGUUUAAGGCCAUCAAAUACAUUCAUUCGGGGAACGUGAUACACAGGGAUCUGAAGCCAUCGAACGUUUUACUGAACUCUAAGUGCCACUGCAAAAUCGCCGAUUUUGGAUUGGCUCGAUCGGUUACCCAGAUCGGAGAAGGCGAUGGCGAAACCGCCAGCGAUCCCACCCUCACCGAUUACGUCGCGACCCGCUGGUAUCGUGCACCGGAAAUACUCGUUGCAUCGAAAAGGUACACGAAGGGUAUCGAUAUGUGGUCCUUGGGAUGCAUUCUCGGCGAGAUGUUACUCGGGAAGCCAUUGUUUCCCGGUUCCUCGACGAUAAACCAGGUUGAGAAAAUAAUGGCCACUCUCCCUAUGCCCACCAAAGGAGAUCUGAUUUCGGUCUGCGCCGGAUAUGGUACUAAUUUAUUGGAGAAGACGCCGAGCGGACCGAGACGUUCGUUGAAGGAACUGUUGCCGGGGGUGUCGAAAGAAGCGUUGAGUCUUAUCAGUAAUUUGAUACUGUUCAACCCUAAUCACAGAUUAACAGCCGUGGAGGCGUUGGAGCACCCCUACGUGGCCGCCUUUCAUCAGAGCAACAACGAACCGGAACGGGGAUCGAUCGUGAUACCGCUUCUGAGCGACGAUGUGCAGCUUUCCGUUGAAGAGUACAGAAAUAAACUCUAUUCGAUGAUGGACGAAAAGUGUCGAAAGCAUAAAAAUAUGUCCAAGUCCAGAAUCAGGCGACUGUCGGAGCACAUCAGGAAGGAAACCAAUAAUUAUAAUCCCGUCAUCGGGCAAGGUGACGCGACUGUUGGUAAAAAUCUUGUACACUCGUGCCAAGAUUUGCGCAAAGAGAGAGGCAGAAGCGACUCGUACGAACCUUCUUGUUUAGAGGCACGUGCGCAGCUACCGAGCAGAAAAGCGAUGCGGCAGUCGCAAAUCGAUAGCGGCGAAAGGAUUACGAAAACGAGAACGAUAAGUACGUCCACGGAACCUCAAACACAAACCAUCGCCAGGAAUCUCCGAUCGACCGUCAAGAACGCGGCGACGCAAUACACGUACAAUUCAAUGAACGGCAACGCGAACAAUUUCACGCCAAGCUCCACGAAAAGCUGUCUGCAGAUCAACCAGCAACACGGACAGUUGUCCAAGUCUCAACGAUCCAUACAGUCGGACCAAGUAGCUGUGUGCGCACCCGUGGGAAAAUUCAACCAGUUGGAUCAAGCCGGUUGGACGAAGGCGCGGAGAAGCUGCAAGCAGAUCAGAGCGUCCGUCGAUUGUGCGCCGCGGGCAAAUUGGCGGGAUGAGGAUCGUCUGAAGAGCACGUUCGUUCGCGACGGUACCAACGGUCUUCAGACGAAAUAUCUCGCGAGGAUGUCGGACGACACCACUCGUCGCUAUCUGAAAUCCAGCAGCAGCAACAACAGCACGAACACCAACAGCAGCCACGUGAACAGCGCGGAGUCGCUGAGCGUUUCGUACAAUUCUGCCUCGAAGUGCCAGGCCGUUCGAAAGUAUUUGAACCAGACGAUGCCAGCGUACGUCGAGCCGAUCCAAAAUCGAUCGGGAUACGGCACGGAUCAUCGAACGAUCCUACGGAACAACGCUGGCAACUUCGAGAGGCAGCAAGCUACAAAUUACCCUCUGGUAGGUAACAAUCGUGCAAGCAGCGGCACUCUGAAUCGUUGCAACGCUAUGAGAACGCAGUCGAAGCAAAUCGCGAAUGGCAACGCGACAACCUGUGACAAGAAAUCGGCGUCGUCGCUGCGGGACGCGUCUUCUAUGAACAGCUAUACCCAAACGCACGGUGUGAUAACAGCGUCCCUCUACAAGAACUUACGAAACGGGACUAUACGGUGGUAAAAUAUCGCCUGAUCGAGCUUUCGACGAAAAGAACGGCGACUUCACGGACACCGCAAAGGGGACAUAUUUUUAUACGAUUCCUUUCUCUCGUAGACCGUUCGAAAUCUUCGUGAAAUAAGACGUCAGUAUCACGCGAACGAGGAUCGAUCGAAGUAAACACGCAGUCGCCGUCCUCUUCGUCGAAAGCUUCGAGCUUAGGCAAGUCAGUGUUCCUAAAUAAAUUCUUUUAAUCAACGUGUCGCGCAAUCGAUACUUGAAAUUCCC